UGCAGACUUUCAUGCUUAUACUGAAGUGACCUUAAUGUAAAAGCACCAUGUUACUCCAUUGAAAUUAAAUUAAUUGAAUUGGACAUUAACUAAUUAAAUCUGACUUUCUUGAUCAUGAUGUUCUCCAUUCAACUUGGCCCUUUAAAAGAUGAUAUCUCGCACUCUAGAAUUCAUAUAUGUUACCAUUGAGUAAGUGUUCUUGUGUACUUAUCAUUUCAUUUUCCUUUCUUUUAGGUUUGGCUUUGGAUUUGUGGAAAAAAUGAGUUACAUAAGGGGAUCUGAGUUGCUGAAAGCCUUGAAUGUAAGGGUUGUUGGAUCAGGAGACAAAAUCUCAGUUUUGUCUCAUGGCUUUGGCACUGAUCAAUCAGUGUGGCAGAGAAUCCUUCCAUAUUUUAUAACAGAUUUCAAGGUGGUGCUGUUUGAUCUCAUGUGUGCAGGGAGUGUUAAUCCAGAAUACUUUGACAUGAGAAAAUACAGUUGUCUUGAUGCUUAUGUUGACGACCUUCUUGAUAUAUUAGAUGAGCUCAAGAUAGAUAAAUGUGUUUAUGUGGGUCAUUCUGUCUCUGCCAUGAUAGGUUGCCUUGCCUCUAUCAGGAGGCCUGCUUUAUUUCAAAGGAUGGUACUACUUGGAGCUUCCCCGAGGUACUUGAAUGAUAUUGGAUAUGAAGGAGGAUUCAGAAAAGAGGAUACAGAUCAGCUGUUCCUUGCCAUGGAAUCCAAUUAUUCUGCUUGGGUCUCUGGAUUUGCUCCUUUAGCUGUGGGUGCAGAUGUUCCUGCAGCAGUUAGAGAGUUCAGCAGGACCUUAUUCAACAUGAGGCCAGACAUUGCCCUGUGGGUUGCAAGGACAGUGUUUGAGAGUGAUAUGAGGGGCAUUUUAGGCCAUGUCAAGGUACCAUGCUAUGUCAUCCAGAGCAACAAGGACAUGGCAGUUCCUCUUUCUGUUGCAGAUUGCCUCAAAACACACCUUGGGGGAAAGACUUGGGUUAAGAUACUGCAGACAGAAGGUCAUCUUCCUCAGCUGAGUGCUCCUGCUCUGGUUAUCCAGGCCCUCAAGACAGCCCUUAGCAGCUGAACUUUCAUUACUGAUGGACCAUUGUUGCCAGCAGUACAUGUACCCUUUGGAACUAUAGUUGUGUGAUACAUCAAUCUAAAGUGCUGCAAACUGGGCUGAGGACCGGUCUGUAUGUAAUAUAUGUAACAGCUGUUGUUAUUCCCUUGGUGCUCUGACAUAAUAAAUUUUUAUUGCAUACCAUUUUCACGGUCAUCUCUCG